AUGGCAGCCAGUAUUUUUUGUCCCUUGGGCUUCCAUGGUGACUGCUAUGAAUUCUAUCCCUUCACAGGCCAGUGCCAGAAUGGGACCAUUUGGAAUGGAAAGGAGUGUGUCUGUGCCCAAGGCUUCUUUGGUUACCAGUGCACGUCACUUGUGGAUUCCUUCUUCCUAGAAAUCCCGGAAAAAGUCAAUGCCACUUUAGGUGUGACAGUGAAGGUGACUAACUGGAAUUUCACAAAAGAUCUGAAUAACAUUUCCUCCCCAGAAUACUGGAAUUUCACUCAACUAUUCAAGAGUCAGAUGGAUAAAGUUUACAUGAGCAAAGACUUUCCCCAGUAUAGAGGCGUGAUCAUUAAGAGACUGCUCAAUGGCAGUGUCGUGGUGGAACAUGAUGUCUUCAUGGAAGCAAACUACACUUCUGAGUUUGAAAAACUGUUUGCAAACCUCUCUAAAAUCAUAAAGGUCAAAAUUAUGAAUGAGACCAAAAGGCUACCUGGUGAUUCUGAAGAGUGCAAAGCCUUCUCGCAGCUGUGCUUCAAUGAGGAAGCCACCAUCGUGAGCGAGAAGGUGACAUUGGGCUUUGACCUGAAGGAACAAUGCACUAGGAAGGCUGCAAAGGACUAUGCUCAGUUCUACUUCGUGGAUGAGCUGGAUGGGAAGCUGGCCUGUGUGACCAAUUGCACCUCAGGGACGAAGUCACAACUGAACUGUAAUGAGGGAAAAUGCCAGCUGCACCGAAGUGGUCCCCGCUGCCUAUGCCCAACCUCGGACACGCACUGGUACUGGGGAGAGAGGUGUGCGUUGAGCACCAGCAAGAGCCUGGUGUACGGGAGCGUGGGGGCCGUGGGAGCAGUGCUGGUGGUCAUGGUGGUGGUCCUGACCGUCUUGUUUGGCCGAUCCCAGAGAAAACUGCACAGGCAAGAAUACAAUAUGUCUCAAGAGUGGCAAGAAGAAGAUAUUCCUGGCAGCUUCCGGAACACAGGCAUCUGGGAAGAUGAGAAUCUGAAGGAGGACAGAUUUGCCCUUGAAAACGUCUACAGCCACUUCCAUCCGUCCCUGGAGAACGUUGACCCUACUGCAGAGCUCCACAUCCAGAGGCCCAGGGUCAUGACAACUACUCAGUGAGUAAGACGGAGGCUCCCACCGCUCAUCCAGAUUUGGACAAGACAGUGGCAGACAGAGAGCCCACGACAGCACUUCUCCCCACCUCCCCUGUUGGUCAAAAGGAAACUGACGUCAGGGCCUGAGGUGGUCAGCUCAGAACUGGUGGGUUUGGUCCGGGCCCUGCUGUGAGCCCCACUCUGCUUCCUCGCUCUCCAUCCAGGAGCCCAAGGGCUGCCCAGACAUCCUGACAUCUUUGUUUUCUCCAGCGACUCCCCACUCUGGAAUUUCCCUCCCAAUAAAAGAA